UUCUUAGCUUAAACUCGCCACCCUCAGGUGAUCAUUGGCUUUCCCGUAGAGGCGUCAUUUGAAUGAUGGGCCAUGCCGAUUUUUGUGAAUUUGUAUCUUUUUGCUAUCUGUGGCAAGGAAAAUGGUUGCUUCUAUUAUGUUUAUCCACUUGUAGGCAUCAGUAAUAGCUUUCCAGUUGGUUUUUUUUUUUUUCCAUUUCAUCUUAAUGCCAUGUGGAGCAGGAACUCUUAUCUAUGUGAUAUUAUUGUAGUGCGCACCGAACAUUAAAAUUAAACUGGUAUUAAGCUCCAAGGUGUAUCUGUGGUGACCAUACUUGGAUUUUCUUACCAUA